UUUAUAAAUUGUUUUUUAGGGGGUGGGGGUUGCUACUUAAACUUAGACAAUUUCAUUAAGAUAUUUAGUGAAACUAAGUUAUAAAAACGACUCGUUCUGAACUUCUGCAGUUUUGUGGCAUCUCAUCCACACCUGACUGUCCACGUUUACACUUCAGAACUGGACAAUCAAAUUCUACACCCAGACAUUUAUAGUGAUGUAAUAAGAAGAAAGCAGAAUAAAUGCUAUUAUGUCUAAGUCUUAGGGCACGAAUUACAGAAAGUUUAGUCUCAAAUUAAGACCUAACAAGUUUCAAACAGAAAUCACCAUGACUACUAAACAGAUAGGACUCUACAUUGGAUGUUUUUGUAAUAUGGUCCCAGAAGAACCAAUGAUGAGAGUAAAAUGUGUGUAAGUGUGUAAAACUGCUUCUCAUACAACAUGAGAAGUUUUUCAAAGGCACAACAGCAAAAAAGCAAUUUAAUAUUAUAUUAUAAUAUAAUAUUAUAACUUUGUAAUAAUAUAUUACAUGACCCCUUUACUAUCAGUUUUUCAUAAAUGAACGGGAAGUUCGGGAAGUCUGGUAAACACAAAAAGGCCCUGCAGGUUUUGGUCCAUGAAGAAAAAGAUCAGCAGGCUGCUGAAAGCCACUGUUGGAGGACCUCUGCUGGACGAGACAGGAAGUUCACGCAGGGAAUGUUUCUCACCCUGCUUCAAAUCUACCUUGAGUCCAGUCCUCAUGUAAUUGCAGCAGUGGAUCUGCUGAACAAAAAUGCAGCGUCUUUUGAUUUGAGGGUGCUGCCAGACUCCUGGUCUCUGAAACUGGUGCUGCGGUUCCUGUGUAAAUCACGGAGAGAAACAGUGCAUUACAGAUGAAUGAGAGGUCUGGAGAUGAGCCUAGCCAAGGUGGAAACUCUGAGACACAAGCACGUCUUGGUGAGACGUACUAUAAAUGAAGCCAAAAAAAAAAUCAGUAAACCCAAACAGCAAUGCUAAUGUUAUUCUUCAUGCUCCCGGAUGGA